AUGGAGUCUGUUAGAAUCUGUUACAAUACAGAGCAAAGACAAAUCAGCUCACUAACAAACUAUGAGCUCAUAAAGGGUGAUCUUCAAGUAGUUGGAGGAAUCAAAAAGCUUAAUAGUACACGUUACAUCAUAUGGGUAACAUGCAUGGAGUCAUACCUACAAGGACAAGAUCUUUGGGAGAUUGUCAGUGGUGGUGAAGUUACACAACCGACAGUAGAAGAUGCCAACGGCAUCUUGCGAAAGUGGAAAAUUAAAGCAGGCAAAGCAAUGUUUGCUUUAAAGACCACAAUUGAAGAAGAAAUGUUGGAGCACAUACGCGAUGCUAAAACACCGAAAGAAGCAUGGGACACUUUAGUUGCACUCUUUUUAAAGAAGAAUGAUACGAGACUACAAAUUAUCGAGAAUGAGUUGAUAUUAAUGGCGCAACGAGACAUGACGAUUCCCCAAUAUUUUCAUAAGAUGAAAUCGAUAUGUCGUGAAAUAUCUGUUUUAGAUCCAAUAGCAUCUAUAGGCGAUGCUAGGAUAAAGAGAUUAAUUAUCCAUGGUUUGAAACUCGAAUACCGAGGGUUUGUUGUUGCUAUACAAGGAUGGCCGACACAACCAUCACUUGUUGAGUUCGAAAAUUUGCUUGCUGGUCAAGAAGCUAUGGCUAAGCAAAUGGGAGGAGUUGCAUUGAAGAGUGAAGAGGAAGCGCUCUACACCAACAAAAGCAACGAAAAGUGGCACAAUAAUGGUUGA